UCCUGCUCCUGUGCUACACUACUCCGACUGCUAGGUUUUAGCUAUUCUUCCCCAAUUUCCAAAUUGCCAUGGCUGCCACUACAGCUCUUCCCAAACCCUUUUCUUCAUCUUCAUCGUCUUCUUCCUACCAACCCCCCGACGACUAUGAGUACGAUGUCUUCCUGAGUUUCAGCGGCGAAGACACUCGCAAGAACUUCACCGAUCGCCUCUACCACGCUUUGACAAAGGCUGGAUUCCGCACCUUCGGAGACGACGAAAAGAUCGAAAGAGGACAAUAUCAUUCUUCCUUGAUUUUACAAGCAAUACAAGUGUCCAGAAUAUUCCUCAUCGUCUUUUCCAAAAACUACGCGUCUUCCAGGUGGUGUUUGGAGGAGCUCGUGGAGAUCUUGCGGUGCCGUAGAUGGUCAAAUCAGAUGGUUGUCCCUAUAUUCUAUGAUGUUAGUCCCUCCGAUAUGUGCAACCAGUUUGAACAAGCGUUUGGGGAACAUGGAGACAAUGUAUCCAUCUGGGGGAGAGCUCUCACUGAAUUUGCUAAUAUUUCCAGGUUGAAUCUGGAAAGCACUGCAGACGGGGAUGAAGCUGAGUUUAUUCGGAAAAUCAUUCUUUAUAUUUCACCUUUGAAGAUCUUCUCAAAAACAUUCUCUUCAUCCUCAUUUUCAUCUUCUUCUUCCAACCAACCCCACGAUGACUAUGAGUACGAUGUCUUCCUGAGUUUCAGAGGCGAAGACACUCGCAAGAACUUCACCGAUCACCUCUACUACGCUUUGACGGAGGCUGGAAUCCACACCUUCAGAGACGACGAAGAGAUCCGAAAAGGAGAAGAACUUUCAUCCGAGAUUUUACGAGCAAUACGAGGGUCCAGAAUGUCCAUCAUCGUCUUUUCCAAAAACUACGCGUCUUCCAGGUGGUGUUUGGAGGAGCUCGUGGAGAUCAUGGAGUGCCGAAAAAGGCUGAAGCAGAUAGUUGUUCCUAUAUUCUAUGAUGUUUAUCCCUCCUUUGUGCGCAAUCAGUUGGGUAGUUUUGAAGAAGCGUUUGUGGAACAUGAAAAGCGUUACUUGUUGGAUAAAGACAAGGUAUUCAGGUGGAGGAGAGCUCUCACUGAAGCUGCUAGUUUGAACGGGUGGGAUAUAUCUAACUGUGACAGGCAUGAAGCUGAUCUUAUUCGGAAAGUCAUUCAAUUUAUUUUAUCAAGACUGGACAACAAAUACUUAUUUGUAGCACUCUACCCAGUUGGAGUAGAGGCUCACAUGAAAGACAUGACUUCACUAUUAUGUGUUGGAGCUAAUGAUGUUCGCAUGGUAGGAAUUUUAGGAAUGGGCGGAACGGGAAAAACAACCAUUGCUAAAGCCAUUUAUAAUGAAUUUUAUCUUCAUUUUGAAGGUAGAAGCUUUCUUGGAAAUGUUAGGGAAACUUCCAGGCAACAUGGUCUGGUUCAUCUACAAAAACAACUUCUUUCUAAAACCUUGAGGACAAAAAAGAUAGAGGUAAGUAGUGUUGAUAGCGGAAUCAUUAUGAUACAAGAAAGAUUUCGUCAUAAAAGGGUACUUGUUAUAGUCGAUGAUGUAGACCAUUUGGAGCAACUGAAUGCCAUAGCUAGAAGUCGUGACUGGUUUGGUUUGGGAAGUAGAGUUAUUAUAACAACCAGAGAUGAGCAGUUGCUAAAGAAUCUUCAAGUGGAUGGAGUAUAUAGAGCUAAACAAAUGGGUGACAGUGAAUCUCUUGAGCUCUUUAGUUGGCAUGCCUUUGGAAACGAAUAUCCAGCUGAAGGUUUUAUGGACAUAUCAACAAGUGUAGUUGCUUAUUCAGGAGGAUUGCCACUAGCUCUUGAAGUUUUGGGUUCUUUUUUGUUCAAAAGGAGCAUGCAAGAAUGGAACUGUGCAUUGGAAAAAUUAAAAAGGAUUCCCCAUGAUAAAGUUCAAGAAAAACUAAGAAUAAGUUUUGAUGCACUAAGCGAUGAUACAUAUAAGGAUACAUUCCUUGAUAUAUCCUGUUUCUUUAUCGGAAUGGACAAAAACUAUGUUGUACAAAUAUUGGAUGGCUGUGAUUUUUUUGCCGAAAUUGGAAUCAGUGUCCUCAUUCAGCGGUGUCUACUUACGGUUGAUGAGAGAAACAAGCUUAUGAUGCAUGAUUUGCUUCGAGACAUGGGAAGAGAAAUUGUUCGUGAAAAUUACCCCAAGGAACCUGGUAAACGUAGUAGAUUAUGGCUACAAGAGGAGGUAAUUGACAUACUGACACUACAUAAGGGAAUGGAAGGAGUUGAAGGACUCACUUUAAAAUUGCCAACAAGUGAGGUGAAUUUCAAUACAAAAAGAAGUGAGGUGAAUUUCGAUACAAAAACAUUUAUAAAGAUGGAGAGGCUGAGAUUACUCCAACUUGAUUACGCACAACUCACUGGGGAUUAUGAAUAUCUUUCCAAAGAGUUACGGUGGCUCCGUUGGCAUGGAUGCCCUCUAAAGUUUAUACCAAACAACUUUUAUCCAAGAAAGAUAGUUGCAAUUGACUUGCGAUAUAGCAAUCUUAGAGAAGUUUGGAAAGAUCCCAAGUUGCUCAAUAAGUUGGAAGUCCUAAAUCUUAGUCAUUCACAUGAUCUAACCCGGACCCCUGACUUUUCAAGACUCCCCAAUCUUAAAAAAUUUAUACUCAAAGAUUGUACCAGUUUGUUUGAGGUUCACCAAUCUAUUGGAGAUCUUGUUAAAAUUGUUUUGGUAAAUUUGAAAGGUUGCAAAAACCUUAGAAGUCUGCCGAGGAGUCUCUAUAAGUUGAAGUCUCUUGAAACUCUCAUUCUUUCUGAUUGUUCUAAUAUUGACAAUUUGGCUAACGACUUGGGGGAGAUGGAAUGCUUGACUACUCUUCGGAUGGACAACACUGCCAUAAGAACAGUUCCAUCUACCAUAAACCGACUGAAGAACCUCAAACAUUUCUCUCUAUGUGGGUGCAAAGGAUCACAACCUAAGACAUGGUCUUCAUACUUUUUGUCUUUGAUAUCACCAAGUGAAUUUCCCAAGUCUCUCAAUAUAUUGCUGGAUUCAGUACAAGGCUUGUCAUCGCUAAAAGAAUUAUGUCUCAGUGACUGUGAUCUAUCAGAUGGCACAAUUCCGAAAGGUCUUGGGAGUUUACGUGCUCUUCAAUCUUUAGAUCUACAAGGCAAUAAGUUCCAUGCCCUACCAUCAAGCCUUGGUGGUCUUUCAAGGCUUCGUAGGCUCAUUUUGGAUAAUAACAAAGAACUUCAAUCAAUACCAGAUUUACCUACAAGUUUGAAUAGUCUGCAUGCAAGAAACUGCACAGCUUUGGAAAGAAUGCCAAAUGUAUCGAAGAUCUCAAGCAUGGAAACUUUGUUCCUUACUAAUUGCCACAAAUUAGUUGAGAUUCCAGGUUUGGAUAAAAUGUUGAAGUACUUUGGAAUCCUUCACAUGGAAGGGUGCAACAAUAUUACAAGUACUUUCAAGCAAAGCAUCCUACAGGAAUGCACUAUGAGUAGAGUUGGUAACAUGUUUAGCAUAUUCCUCCCUAGUGAUGAUAUUCCUAAUUGCUUCAUGUAUAAGGAUGAAGGGCCCUCAGUGUGUUUUGAAGUGCCUCAUAUUACUGAUCUCAAUAUGGCAGGGUUUGUGGUAUGCACUGUUUAUUCACCAUGUGCAAGCAAUGGCAAUUUAGUAUCUCAAAAUCUUCUUAGCAUUUCAGUUGUCAAUCAUACCAAGAAUAUUAGUCAGACCUCUAGGCAAAUAACAGCUGAUGUUGUAAUCUCCUCCGAAGAUCACCUGUGGCUGGGCAAUGUUUCUAAAGGUGAGUUCAAUCUGGAGGGUGGUGAUAAAGUAAAAGUUAUCGUAGAUUUUGGGGCUGGAUUCAUUGUUAAGAAGAUAGGGGUCAGCCUAUUAUAUGAUGGGGUUCUUGAUGGAAAAGUUUAAGAGAGGACUUCAUGAUGAGAAGGCAGGACCAAGCCAUUGUUGGCUUGAAGAUGAACCAAAUCCUUUAUGAUUGAAGUGUGAAGAUAAUACCGAGAUGAGUGCAACAAGAAAACAUAAAGGACUUCAAGUCAAUGGCAAUUCAUUAUUCUUUUUAGUAUCACAGUCAUGUUCAUUGUAUUUUUUUUUUCUUUUUUCUUUUUUUUGAUAAGUACACAUUCAUUGUAUUUCUAUUAGGCCCUCUUCAUCUCAUUUGAAGAUGCACAUUUUAUUUCCAAUGAUUUGUCACCUAUACAUGAGCAAUUUGUAACGCCAUGUCCAUUUUUUACUUUGAAUUUGUAAUAAGAUGUCUUAGAUGUUCCUUCUACUAAUAA